CAGCCUCGAGAUCCCGUGGAGCAGCCGCUGUCUCGAAGCAAACGACGCUCCUCGCCGCACUCUUCGGUCGUUUACGGACCUAGAGUGUUCGUUCUGUUCAUCGUACCGGUGUGGUCAGCGUGUAUCUUUGCGAUUUGAUCAACGUGUCGUCGGUGAGAAUCAGUGCGAUCAAGGAAGACAGGAUCAGAAUGUGGCUCGAUCCUCCAGGAGGAGGGUGUAAUAUACCCACUUAUCUAACGACGAUGCUGCUCUUGGCUGUUCUGGCAUUGACGAACGUGGCUUGCGCCGAGGAUGAAUCAAUGGGACCCGUAUUCGUCAAGGAACCACCAAACCGAGUCGACUUCUCGAACGGAACCGGAGCUGUCGUCGAAUGCCAGGCAAGAGGAAACCCCCAACCGGAUAUCAUUUGGGUUCGUGCAGACGGAAGCGCUGUUGGGGAUGUUCCUGGACUCAGACAGGUCUUGCCGAACGGAAAUUUGGUCUUCCCCCCUUUCCGCGCCGAGGAUUAUCGUCAAGAGGUUCAUGCUCAGGUUUACAGCUGUCUGGCGCGUUCCCCAGCAGGUUCAGUUCACAGCCGAGAUGUUAACGUGAGAGCCGUGGUACACCAGUAUUAUCAGUCGGAAGUAAACAACGAGUACGUGAUACGCGGGAACGCGGCUAUUCUCAAGUGCAGCAUACCAAGCUUCGUUGCGGAGUUCGUUCAAGUAGUUGGCUGGCAGGACGAUCAAGGCAACUCUUUUAAUCCGGACGGGAAGAACGUCGUCACUCAAUACUACGAGGCGGAGGUCGUGUCCGAGUACGUGAUACGCGGAAACGCAGCCAUCUUGAAGUGCACCAUACCCAGCUUCGUCGCGGAAUUCGUGUCGGUCGAUUCCUGGGUGGGAAGCGACGGUUCGACCUUCAAGCCGACCAACGACUACGGUACUACCUUCCUCCCUCCUUUAUCCCCCCGUUUCCAACUAAAAGUAAACGAUGCCAAUCCCAGGCUGUACUCGAACCUUUCUCUCCCCAAAGAGAUGGUGCGGGCGCGUGUGGAUCGAUCUUUUGAACGGUUUCUUCCCGCAGAACCGGUCGCCACCACGAGGCCAAAAUUCCCGAUGACCGAGAACUCGCGCACCCUCACCACUUACACGGUGUCACGCGAUCGACCUUUGACUUUACCCUGCCCAGCCCAGGCAUUCCCCGUCCCAGCCUUCAGAUGGUACAAGUUCAUCGAGGGCUCGUCCCGCCGUCAGCCGGUCCAAUUGAACGAGCGAGUCCGCCAGGUGAGCGGGACGCUGAUCAUCCGUGAGGCGCGCGUCGAGGAUUCGGGCAAGUAUCUGUGCAUCGUGAACAACUCGGUGGGCGGGGAGAGCGUGGAGACGGUGCUGACGGUCACGGCACCGUUGGGGGCGGAGAUCGACCCGAGCACCCAGACCAUCGACUUCGGCAGGUCGGCCAUCUUCACGUGCAACGUGCGAGGGAAUCCCAUCAAGACCAUCUCCUGGCUCAAGGACGGGAAACCGCUCGGGUUGGAGGAGGCAGUGCUCAGGAUCGAGAGCGUGAAGAAGGAGGACAAGGGGAUGUACCAGUGCUUCGUGAGAAACGACCAGGAGAGCGCGCAGGCGACGGCCGAGCUCAAACUCGGUGGACGAUUCGAACCCCCGCAGAUUCGCCAGGCCUUCGCCGAGGAGACGCUUCAACCGGGGCCCAGCAUGUAUCUGAAGUGUAUCGCGAGCGGGAACCCGACCCCCGAGAUCACGUGGGAGCUCGAUGGCAAACGUCUGUCAAACACCGAGAGGCUUCAAGUCGGCCAAUACGUUACGGUGAACGGCGACGUGGUCUCCAAUUUGAACAUCUCCAGCACUCACACGAACGACGGUGGAUUGUACAAAUGUAUCGCAGCCUCGAAGGUCGGAUCCGCGGAACAUUCGGCGCGUCUCAACGUCUACGGUCUCCCCUUCAUCCGCCACAUGGACAAGAAGGCGAUAGUCGCGGGUGAAACUCUUCGCGUGACUUGCCCGGUUGCCGGAUAUCCGAUCGAGAGCAUCGUGUGGGAGCGCGACACUAGGGUGUUGCCGAUCAACAGGAAGCAAAAGGUAUUCCCCAACGGGACCCUGAUCAUCGAGAACGUGGAGAGGAUGAGCGACCAGGCUACCUACACGUGCGUCGCGAGGAACGCUCAAGGUUACAGCGCAAGAGGCACGUUGGAAGUUCAAGUAAUGGUCUCGCCGCAGAUCGCGCCGAUCUCGUUUGGCGACGAGCCGGUGAACGCCGGGGACCUGGUCUCGGUACAGUGCGUGGUUACCAAAGGCGACUCCCCUCUCGAGAUCGCUUGGACCUUCGAUAACCAGCCUAUCAGACCCGAUCGGAUGGACGUGAUCGUGUCCAACUCCGGGAAACGCGUCAAACAGCUGACCAUCGAGUCGGUGGCUGCGAGGCAUGCCGGGGAGUACACCUGCGUCGCCUCGAACGCGGCUGGAUCGACCUCGCACUCGGCCAAACUGGACGUAAACGUGCCACCCCGCUGGAUUCUGGAACCCACCGACAAGGCGUUCGCUCAAGGCUCCGACGCGCGCGUCGAGUGCAAAGCCGACGGUUUCCCCAAGCCCCAGGUCACGUGGAAGAAAGCAGCUGGCGAUACGCCGGGCGAUUACACCGACUUGAAGCUGAGCAAUCCGGACAUCAGCGUGGAAGACGGGACCCUGUCGAUCAACAACAUUCAAAAGACGAACGAAGGCUACUAUCUGUGCGAGGCUGUGAACGGAAUCGGCGCGGGACUCUCGGCUGUUAUUUUCAUCUCGGUUCAAGCUCCGCCCCACUUCGAGAUCAAACUGAAGAACCAGACGGCGCGACGGGGUGAACCGGCUGUGCUGCAAUGCGAGGCUCAAGGUGAGAAACCGAUCGGCAUCUUAUGGAACAUGAACAACAAGAGAUUGGACCCGAAGAGCGAUUCGCGUUACACGAUCCGAGAGGAAAUUUUGGCCAACGGCGUGCUGUCCGACCUGAGCAUCAAGAGAACCGAGAGAAGCGACUCAGCCCUGUUCACCUGCGUGGCCACCAACGCGUUCGGAAGCGACGACACAAGCAUCAACAUGAUCGUGCAAGAGGUUCCCGAGGUUCCAUACGGUUUGAAGGUGUUGGACAAGUCUGGGCGAUCGGUUCAACUGUCCUGGGCGGCGCCCUACGACGGAAACAGCCCGAUCAAGCGCUACGUGAUCGAAUACAAGAUCAGCAAAGGCUCGUGGGAGACUGAUAUCGACAGGGUUCUGGUGCCCGGAUCCCAGCAGAACGUAGCCGGUGUGUUCAACCUGAGACCCGCCACCACCUAUCACCUGAGAAUCGUGGCCGAGAACGAGAUCGGCGCGUCCGACCCAUCCGACACCGUCACCAUCAUCACCGCCGAGGAGGCGCCCAGCGGACCGCCGACCUCCAUCCGCGUCGACGACCUCGACCAGCACACCCUCAAGGUAACGUGGAAACCACCCCCGCGCGAGGACUGGAACGGCGAGAUUCUUGGAUACUACGUUGGCUACAGGCUCUCCUCGUCCGAAAAACCGUACAUGUUCGAAACCGUGGACUUCUCGAAGGAGGACGGAAAGGAGCACCACUUGCAAAUCAUGAAUCUGAAGACGUACACCCAGUACAGCGUCGUGGUCCAAGCGUUCAACAAGGUCGGUUCCGGGCCGAUGAGCGAGGAGAGAAGACAGCACACCGCCGAAGGCGUACCCGAGCAACCCCCUCACGACACCACCUGCACCACCUUGACCUCCCAGACCAUCAGGAUCUCCUGGAUGUCGCCACCCCUCAGCGCCGCGAAUGGAGUUAUCACCGGAUACAAGGUUAUCUACGGACCGUCCGACACCUGGUACGACGAGAACACCAAGGACACCAAGAUCACCUCCUCGAGCGAGACCAUUUUACACGGAUUGAAGAAAUACACGAACUAUAGCAUGCAAGUGUUGGCUUUCACUUCUGGCGGCGACGGAGUCAAAUCUGCCCCUAUUCACUGCCAAACCGAACAGGACGCCCCCGAAGCGCCCAUCGCGAUCAAGGCUCUCGUCAUGUCGUCCGAGUCGAUUCUUGUCUCGUGGCGGCCACCCAGCCAACCGAACGGCGUCAUCACCCAAUACACCGUGUACACGAAGGCGGACAACGCGGAGGAGCCGACCAGCCAGAAGGUGCCGCCCAAUCAACUCACCCACGAGGCAUCCGAAUUGGACAAGACGCGCAGAUACGACUUCUGGGUGACCGCGAGCACGAACAUCGGCGAGGGAGAGGCAUCGAAGAUCGUGGCAUUGGCGCCCAGCGUUCGAGUACCGGCAAAGAUCGCAUCGUUCGACGACAAAUUCACGGCUACCUACAAAGAGGACGUGAAAUUGCCUUGCCUGGCUGUUGGAGUACCCGCGCCGGAAGUGACGUGGAAAGUGCGAGGCGCCGUUCUCCAGUCGAGCGACAGACUGCGCCAAUUGCCCGAAGGAUCCCUGUUCAUCAAGGAGGUGGACCGCACCGACGCCGGGGAGUACUCUUGCUACGUUGAAAACACGUUCGGCCACGACACCGUCACCCACCAAUUGAUCGUGCACGCUCCGCCGCACUCGCCGCAGAUCACCCUCACCGCGACCACGACCAACUCGUUGACGAUGAAAGUGCGACCCCAUCCAACCGACAACGCCCCGAUCCACGGGUACACGAUCCACUACAAACCGGAAUUCGGCGACUGGGACACCGCGCAGAUCAGCUCCACCGUUCAAAAGUACACUUUGGAGAAUCUGUUGUGCGGCUCGAGAUACCAGAUCUACGUGACUGCGUACAACGGAAUCGGGACCGGCGAUCCUUCCGACAUGCUCAACACACGCACCAAAGGCUCGAAACCGAUCAUCCCCGAGGCGGCUAGAUUCAUCGAGGUGGCAACGAACAGCAUCACUCUGCACUUGAACGCGUGGUCGGACGGUGGCUGCCCCAUGAUCUACUUCGUGGUCGAGCACAAGAAGAAGAACCAACAGGAAUGGAAUCAGGUGUCGAACAACGUGAAACCGGGCGGAAACUUCGUCGUUCUCGAUCUGGUCCCCGCGACUUGGUACCACUUGCGCGUCACCGCGCACAACAACGCCGGAUUCGCGGUGGCCGAGUACGAAUUCGCAACGCUGACCGUGACCGGAGGUACGAUCGCGCCCCCGGUAAGGAACGGCGACAACGACAGCACGGACGUGAGGCGUUAUUUCCCAUGGUUGCCCGGCUGGCUGGACGUGAACGUGGUUGUCCCGGUCGGAGCAACGAUCGUCGUCAUUAUUGUAGGAAUAGUGGUGAUUUGCGUCGCCUUGUCUAGGAGAACUCGAGGCCCGGAACAGACACGGCUGCGAGGUAUCUCAUCAGCCGACGAGAAAUAUUACGAGGGACAAUACGAUGUGGUGUACCAACAAACCGGAGUCGGAGGAGCCACCCUCGACAAACGAAGGCCCGAUCUGCGCGACGAGCUUGGAUACAUCGCGCCGCCCAACCGUAAAUUGCCCCCCGUACCCGGAUCCAAUUACAACACCUGCGAUCGCAUCAAGCGAGGUACAGUGAUAAGUGGAACAGGCUCGAUAAGAAGCCACUCGACCUGGGAUCCAAGACGGCAUAUGUACGAGGAAUUGAAUCAUUGCGCGCCGAACCGAAGAUGUCCACCGCCACCACGUAUGGGCAGUGCCGAAGCUCUAUCCCACAGAGGCAUGGAAGACGAGAUCUGCCCCUACGCCACCUUCCAUCUUCUCGGCUUCCGCGAGGAGAUGGACCCCAGCAAGGCCAUGCAAUUCCAGACCUUCCCCCAUCCAGGCAACGGACACUCGGGCACCAUGGGACCACCCGUUGGACACCCAACCAACGCCUCAGCCCACAGCCGCUCCGGAUCUCAAUCCAUGCCCCGUCAAAACGGCCGCUACUCUCGAGUACCGUCCCAAGGAGGCGGCAGCGGAACCCACAACGUGUUCUCGCCCGAAUACGACGACCCGGCAAACUGCGCGCCCGAGGAGGAUCAAUACGGUUCCCAGUACGGCCAAUACGGCGCCCCGUACGACCAUUACGGGUCCCGCGGCUCGGUCGGCCGUCGUAGCGUAGGCUCGGCACGCAACAUCCCCGUCUCUGGAUCACCGGAGCCGCCACCACCCCCGCCAAGGAACCACGACCAGAACAACUCGAGUUUCAACGACAGCAAGGAGAGCAACGAGAUCAGCGAGGCGGAGUGCGACCGCGACCAACUCGUGAACCGCAACUACGGCGUGAAUGCUCGCGGCAAGGACGGCAUGACCACCGAGGAGAUGCGUAAACUCAUAGAGAGGAAGCCAAACGAAGCCCCCAGCCGGCAAACCGGCGCCGGCCACGGCGGUCACGGGGGACUCCUCACACCCUACGAUACUGUGGCAGUGUAACCUGUAAAUCAUCCUCCGUCGUCUUCCGUCUCUCCUUCUCUCUCUCUCUCUCUCUCUCUCUCUCUCUCUCUCUCUCUCU